GUCUGUCCCCCUUCCGGUGUCGUCCGGUUACUGCGGCGGAUGUUGAUGUUUUGUGUCUUGCUGAAGAACGAUGUGAACUGUUUCGUCUCCGGGACGGGUUGGUGUUUCUGUUGUCGUCUUCACGGUUCGCUGUGUACUUUUUUUCCCGGUAAGGUUCCUCUGACCGACGGCAUCGUGUCUCUCCCGGUGUCUCUCCCGGGAAGCGCGAGACCGAGUCGUGCGAUGAUGGAGGAUUUUGAUGAGAUCUACGAAGAGGAGGAGGAGGAGGAAGAGGAGGACGAGGACAGGGCCGCGGGGGAGCAGCUCCUCAAGUACGCUCCGGACCCGGUGGUGGUGCGAGGAUCCGGCCACGUCACAGUGUAAGCACCGAGUAACGCUCACGGGAACCGGGAGAGGUUAACCGUCAGCGUGAAAAGAGCCGCGCGGGGUCUGCUCUUCGGUUAGCAGACGCGGUGACACAGCCAGCUAGCUGAGGAGCUAGCAGCGAGCUAACUGCGAGCAGGCUAAGUCAGCUUUUGUUUUGGCUGAGAAAAAUAUCUAAUAUAUAUACUUAUAUAUUCCAACUCACUGUUACAUAAAUUGAAAUAGUGUCGUGCUAAUCGUCUGAGGAAAGAUAUCAAGUUUCAGCGAUCAGUGAGCAGAAUUAAGGGCUUGAGUUACGGGAUCACCGUACUGUACUCAGAUCAUAAACUGCAUAAUUGUACUUACAAACUGUUACCUUCACCCUAGUAAUCAUAACCCAAGCCUAUUACUCAUUUUUGCUUCACAUACUAUCGUUUCUGAAAAUGACGUAUUUUAUUACACCCUGCAUAAUAUAAUGUAACGGCAGCAGCAGCAGGAUCGAAAGUUCCUAGUUGUUGUGUUUUGUCCCGUCAGAUAAGAUGGAGCACACACACAGCGACCAGCCAUAACAUCUUAAACCCCCCGAGCAAACCAGUUCAAUACCCACUACCACAAUUUAUACCAGGAGGAAGCCUUUAAAGUUUCAGUUUUUGUUGACACAAUCAGAGGCGAUAACUGUAUUUUAUAUUUGAAAUUGACGAUCAGACGUGGUGGGUGGUGGUGGUGGUGUACAGCAGUUUGUUAUGUUGAAAGUAGUUCCUCAUAUUUUACCCAUUUCAGUAACUAACAUGAAAGGAGCAAAGUAUUAGAAAAACUUAAUGUUCCCCAUUGCACCACCAACACCUACUGAAACUUCCACAGUCAAUCUAAACAUUAUCACCUCUCUGACCAGGUCAACAAAAGCUGAAAAAUAGGAGGCCUCAAAGAAAUAAAGUCUCAUUUAUGGCAGAGCUAUUGUAGUAGGUUGCAUUAGUAUGCCCAGGUGUCCAUAUUGUUCUGGCAGGUUGGUCUAAAGCAGUGGUUUUCAAAUCCAGUCCUCGAGGCCCACUGUCCUACAUGUUUUAGAUGUUUCCCUGCUUCAACACACCUGAUUCAAAUGAUGAGCUCGUUAUUAAGCCAUUACAGAGCUUGAUAACGAGCUGAUCAUUUGAAUCAGGUGUGUUGGAGCAGGGAAACAUCCAAAACAUGCAGGACAGUGGGCCUCGAGGACUGGACUUGAGGACCACUGGUCUAGAGUAUAACUAAAAGGCAAACAGCAUUGUGUUCCUAAAGUUUAGGCUUUACUGUUGACUGUGUUUUGUUAGCACACAUUUCUUCAGGCUUGAGCUACACAGACAGAGAGUUCUGAUUUUCUUCUCUGGUUUGUUAUUUUUGCUCACAAUUACUUUCCCCUUCAAUACAACACAGAAUUGAAUGCCACGGUCAGGGGAAGUCCAAAUUGUCUGCUGUUCGGUGGAUGUGUCUGGGAUUCAACCAAUUUUGGACAUGGAGUGUUUUUCUGAUCCUUUGUAACCGUUUACUUAUUUAAUCUCCUUCACAGAUUUGGACUAAGUAACAAAUUUGAGUCAGAAUUUCCUUCAGCGCUAACAGGAAAGGUGAGAGUCUUCCUUUUUUAUGUCAUCAUGGCAAAAACGUUUAAUUUUUGACCCCUACCACAAGAAGAUUAUGCAUUAUUUUCUAGUAUUUUCUUAUUUAGGAACAGUGACAUUUUAUGCAGAUUUGUAAGAAAUGAAUGUUGUCUAGAAGCAUUCAUACAUGUGAUCAUAAAUAAGUGACACAAGUUUAAAUGGUACAAAAACAAUAUAGAAAUACCCAACCAGCUACCUCAGAGUAUUUAUUAUCAUUUUAUUAACUAGUCCUGAUAUAUGCACUACUUUAGGUGGCACCAGAGGAAUUCAAAGCCAGUAUCAACCGUGUAAACAGCUGCCUGAAGAAGACACUGCCUGUGAAUGUGCGGUGGCUCCUUUGUGGCUGCCUCUGCUGCUGUUGCACGUUGGGCUUCAGUUUGUGGCCUGUCAUAUGCCUCAGCAAGAGGGUGAGAUAGGCAUCCUUGUCUCUUUUGAAAAACAACUCAGUUUUAAGGCUAAAUCUAUUGAUUAUUUGGGGAUUUAUACCGUACAAUUAAAUCAAAGACAUCCCUCUAAUGCCACUGUACCCCCUGUAGACGAGAAGAUCUUUAGAGAAACUUCUAGAGUGGGAAAACAGCAGACUUUAUCACAAGGUGAGUAAUAAAAGUAUGAAUGUAUAUGUAUAUUAAAAGUAUAACUUGUUAUGCUGUGUUUUUAAAAAGAUAUCCUGACCACUUUUUCAAUUAUUGCAGUUGUGUUUGCAUUGGAGACUAAGCAAGAGGAAGUGUGAAACCAAUAACAUGAUGGAAUAUGUAAGUAUCUAUUGUUGUAGGAGGGGUCCGAGAUGUUCUGAUGACAAUUUUUCCUCAAAACAAUUCAGAAACCAGAUACAAAAAAAACGUAUUCAUGUAUUUGCAACAUACAUGUGGUUAGUGCUUAAAUGGUUUAGACAGAGUUUUACUGCUGACCAAACAGACCGCUGCUAACAUGCCAGAAUUUCAGCCUGCUACACUCAUGGGGAAAGGGGAAGGGUGAGAGUCUCAUGAAUACAGCCUUGUCAUUUACCAGUGUUUAAUUUGAUUUACAUCAAGCUAUCAUUUAAAUCUUGACUACACAGUAGACUUUGUUUUGUGCACAGAGCAACUUUUGGACAUGCUUUCCAAAUAACCUUACAUGCCUUAUAAACAGCAUUUACCUGCAAUUAAAAACCUUUAAGCACCUAUUACUUUAACACAUAACUACCCAUUGAUUGUAGCAUCCUGUCCAUAGAAGGGCGCUGUUACAUGUCCAUGUUCUGAUAUCUCAUAGAACUGCCUUAUUUUAUGUCUCACUGUAAUGUAUAUAGUGCCUUAAGGAUUUAUGUGAGAAACUGUUAAAGAACUACAAGAAAGUAUAUUCAGGUCUGAUAUCGGUUUAUUCUUUUAUAUUCAUAUCAGUACAGUUAUCAUCAUUAACCCACAUACUGGCUGAUGUACAUACUUUAAUAUAAUCUUUUUUUUUUUUGGCCAAAGUUAUUGGGUAAAAAAAUAAGGAAGCCCUGAGACAGUGAAGCAUUAUGCAAUCCUACAGUACAGAACAUGCUCUGACUGAGGUCAUAACAACCCUGUAAACAUGACUAAGCAUUUAAUGACAUCAAUAAGCGACCUUACUAUCAGGUUAUAAACUUCCUUAUUAAUCUCCCACCAGUGUAGUGGGAGAAACUGGUUAUGUAACAUAAGCACAUUAACUAAUAGGGGUGCUUGGGAACCUGUUUGAUCCAGAACUUAAGGGUUUUGGGGGGGGGGUUUAGUACCCCUUUAUUUUGAUCUUAUUGUCUUUUUGAUGACAAAACCCGCCAGAGAAAAAUUAAAAACUGCUCCAUCAACAGGGAGCAAUUCAAACACCAGUUAACAGUUUCAAAUGUCAUUUCUGGCUGUAUAUACACCAGACAGUGAAUAAACUAAGGUAUUUCUUAGGAUUUUAACAUUGUUGGAAUAAGUGCAACAAUGUCAGUACCUAUAUACACAAAAAAAUGACAGUUUGUUCAUGUUUGGAUGUUUGAAUGAUAAAAAAUUAAAUGUGUUCCUUAAUUUUUUCUGAGACUGCCUGUGAGGAAUCCAAGUUUCUAAAGGGCUAUAGUAGUCAAAACAGCUCAUGAACUAAAUUUUUGUUUUCUUACAGUAAUUUAUUUCUUGUCCCUUGCAGGUAAUCCUAAUAGAGUUCUUGCCUAAGAUCCCGAUCUUCAGACCGGACUAGCCUGAAUACAACUGAUCCUAGAUCUCCACUGCUGCCGCCAAUGGCUGUCAAUGUUGAAUAACUUAUCCAGCCCUCUAUUACUCCAAUAUUUUUGUUUACAGAGUAGCAUUGAUCCUCCCCAGUCUUGCAACAUAUACUUCCUCGACACUUUUGUUUACAAAUCAAGCAUCCCAACCCUUAUUUUGGAGUAAAUUUCCCAUUGAACCGUGGGCUGUCGGGGAAGCUGGCAUACUGUUUUGCCAUGCUAACCACCAGCAGUCUUAAAUAUCCGGGGGGAAACAUCCAAGGGCAGCAUUAUGGACUUUGAAACUAGAAGAAACAAGUCUGAAAAUCAAGUUCUAUGAGCUACAACUGGAACUUUGUCACUCAUUCGUUCCUACACCCAAGCACAUGGCACAAUCAGACCGUUAAGAAACAAUGUCAUGUCUUACCACCAACCUCACCUGCUAAAGAGAAAACACCCCAGUGCUAUUGUAACAGCUGGUUUGGAGCUCAGGAUCAUUGCUAGAGGCUGAAGAGCCGAUGUUACGUGGAACUCUAAAGGAACUUUAUCCGAAUCAGCUGACAAUCGAGUCACACAGGAACAUGUUGGAACAGCUGAACUCAACGUCAUUGUCCUUAUGAACUACCAGACAUCCUUACACUCUCGCCUCCUUUCAUAUCUCUGCACACUUCACUGUGCAUCAUCCAGUGACAAUCACACCCACUGACUCUACUCGACACUGUAUGAAUGAGUCUUGAUGCUACACAGUUUACCUGGCACAAAUUAUCAUGUGUGUCCCAAUGAUGGGUGAUGGCUGCCUAACCUCUGAGUCUCAGUGGAACAAGUAAAAAGAAGGCCACGAAAAGAGACCUUUUUGAUUUCUUUCAGUAUUCUAAGUUUUGUUUUAGUGAGAGGAGGCAGUCUGUGCUUGUUAACCUUGUGUUUGUAUGUGUGUGUGUGUGUGUGUGUGUGUGUCUGAAAGACAGACAAGCAAAAAAAAAAAGACAGAUAUGAGAAAUACAUCCUUACUCUGCAAAGCAGGGUGCUUUUUUACCCAAUUAUAUGCCAUAACUAGUCUUGUUUUUGUAAUUAUUUAUGGAUGAGUGAGUGCACAUACACUGUACUAUGUGCAUUCAAGAAAUAGGCCUUUUUUUUGUUUGUGAAGAUAUGCCAUGUUUGCUUCCUUUCCGACUUUCAUGGUUGUGACAACACUAAAGCACACAAUUGCUCUGUCCUUAACAGCGUCACAUGGCCUCUCCUUAUCUGCAGACCUUGGCUAGCUAACGAGUGUCACAGUUUAAAAUGUGACCCUUAUGACGAAGUUCCUCUGGUUGAUAUAAUAUGAUUCAUUGUGUUAAGAGGUCUGGGUGACCCAUCAUGCAAAGUCCUUUUAAUUAGCUUUCAAAUAAUACUAAGGCUCUGUAUCAUGGAGCAGGAUUGCCGAAGUUAGUUUGAUAGCUGCUCUAACAAUAAAAUAAAAAAAAGAUCCCGAAUCAGGAAUGUAGCAUCAAGGUGGCAGUGAGUAUUUUCAUAUCAUCAAUGUGAAAUGACUGUUUGGAAAGCUUUUCUCGUCAUCACACAUUUUAGUGUCCUUUUGUCCAUUGUUUUGGUUUUCUGGCCCACAUGAUUACUGUCCAGGUUCUGUGUUAUCUGUGUUUUUAGAGAGAGAUAAUUAGACUUCAACUCAACAGAUGAUUUCAUUAAUCACUGCAUUGUUCUGUAUCAGCUGGAUGUGUAAUCAAGCAAUUGUUAGUCGAUGUUCAACCUGACAAGGUGCUACAAAGACUCUUGGCUUCAAUUUCAAAUCAGAUUUCUGGCUGGCUAACUGUCCUGUUUUAUGAUAAAGGCUGUAUUACUUAUUGCGCUCAAAAAAAAGUUGAAAAAAAAAACCCCAAUCAAUUGGCAGUAAAUCAGUGGGGGUAAAGCCCUAAAUCUGCCUUUCUCUGUGCAUUUUUUUUAUUAUUAAAAAAAAAAGAAGCUCUCAAUCAUUACACUGAGAUUGGACAAAGUCCCACCCUGUUUGGUCUCUCCCCUUUUGUGAUUUUAUAGGUAACACUCGGGUUUGUACAAGAUUAAAUUAAAUCAAAUGUAGCAUUUAAAUAAAAUGAAAUAAAAUGUUAGAUUGUAUGUUAAAAAUGUGUCCAAGAGGCAGGUUACACCACACAGAUCACACAUUCCUGAAAGAUGAUGCUUUAGAUUUGGUUAUGAAAUGGAAUCAUGCCCCUGAUAAACAGAUCAGUAACUCCUUUAUUGUCCUCCUACUCAGAGUAAAGGAACGUUUUGUCAUUUCUUUGAUAAAAGACCAAAAGUCACCAAAAUUAACUUGAUUAGCAGUUUGUUAAUUAUAUAUUGUCUCAUCAGUCUCUUUUCUAUUCUUUUAAUGUUGGCAUCCUCUGUGUAAAUCAAGGCAUAAGGCCAUAUGCAGAUAUUUGUUUGUGUGUGCGUGCGUGCGUGCGUGCGUGCGUGCGUGAGAAAGAGGGUGUGAGUCGAAUGUGCACGGUGUAUGCAGAUGCAAAUGUUCUUUGUAGAUCUCAGACUGUGAUUGAACCCUGCACAGAAGAUGAGUCCUUUUUAUAUAAUCUGGAGUGUUUUGUGUGUUUGUGUGUAUGGGAGAAAGAUAUAUGUACAUGUGGCUCCUGAGCAGGUGUAUGUACAGUAAACUACCAAUAAACCAGACUAUGGGCAUCUUCCUCUGCAUUUUAGGGUGAA